UCAAUGUUUCUGAUUGGAAAUCUAAGUGUCUAGUUUUUAUUUGGAUUAACUUGAUUACGAUUAAUUAUUGCUUGAUUUAGAUAAUUUAGCCUUUGUUUAGGCUAUUAGAUUAAUCUACCUGAAUGGAUAUUUUGAAAUUAUCUUUCAUUCAAUCUAUUCUUUUCCUCGUUUAUCUUGACCAGGUUUCUACUUUCCCUGAUCCAGGCAAAUGGAGUUUCUCUGUCAACAAGCAAAAAUGCCACUAUUUCAACGUGCAUAAGGUUCUUUACAAAGAUUCCAAAGUCUCUGUUAAAGUCCAUUGUGAUCCUGGGCCUGGUUCAUCUAAAGAUAUGAAGAUCAAAGUUGGUUAUGUUAUCAGGGAAUCUCCAUGUUUUGAGGAAUACGUUGGACCUCAACUGCUGAGUUUCGAUUUCAUUGGAUAUUAUUAUAACUGCCCUUAUCAACUAUUUGCAGAUUUUGGUUACAAUAGCAUAAAUUACUUAAAAACUGAGGAGAAAGUGGUUACUUGUGAUCAUCUUGUUGACGAAAGUUUAAAAAUCAUAAAUGGUGAAUUUUCCACUUCUUCCAUUAACAACACUGGAACUUGUCCUUCUAUAUUAUGUGAAAGUUCACCUUCUUCGACAUUUUUUUACCGAGAACUAACUGACGAUGACAAUACUUUCAAUGCAAUUUCUAAAAGAUCGAUCGAUUCUCCACCACUUCAACAACUCAAGAACGAUGUAAAGAGAUCUCCUUCCAAGAUUGACGGAUCAAUUACUAUUCCAUCCGAUGGAGUUUACUUGCUUAUAGUUUAUUUAUCAGCUGUUGAACCAACAGAUACUUUCAACGCUAUUGUUGAUCUGGAAAUGAAAGGGACAAAUGGUUACCUAUCAGCUGACGAAUGGCCACUCUUACCUUUCUAUGGAGUGAUGUCAAUUGUUUAUUUUCUUUACGCUGUCGGCUGGUUGGUCGCUUCGGCUAUGCAAUGGAGAGACCUCUUGAGAAUACAGUUUUGGAUCGGUGGAGUUUUAUUCUUGGGAAUGUUAGAAAAGGCCGUUUUUUACGCCGAAUAUCAAUCUAUUAAUUCCACUGGUCGAUCCGUGAAAAGUGCAAUUCUUUUAGCUGAAUUGAUCUCAUGUCUUAAACGUACCUUAGCCAGAAUGCUUGUAAUAAUAGUUAGUCUCGGUUUUGGAAUUGUAAAACCGAGAUUAGGUCCUAUGCUUCAUAGAGUUGUUUGUGUUGGUGGACUUUUCUUCACAAUGAGCGCUCUUGAAGCAAUGCUACGUGUUUAUCGGCCAAAAAAUGACCCAACUAAUCAAACCUUGAUGGCUGGUAUUCCCUUAGCCGUUUUGGACAGUAUAAUUUGUUGGUGGAUAUUUAGCUCACUCGUUCAAACUAUGAGAACAUUAAGAUUACGUCGGAAUCUAGUCAAACUCAAUUCCUAUCGGAUUUUUACCAAUGCCUUAAUUUUUGCUGUUCUUGCAUCUAUUGUAUUCAUGAUUUGGGUUAUUCAUAAUCACAAAUUCACCAAAUGUAUAACCGAAUGGAAUCAAUUAUGGUUUGAUAUCGCUUAUUGGGAUGUUCUUUUUUCAAUUGUUCUUCUCGUAAUUAUGAUUCUUUGGAGGCCUACAAAUAACAAUCAACGUUACGCAUUCACACCUCUUCUAGAUGCAAGUGAUGAUGAAGAUGAUCUGAGUGAUCAAGUUGUUAUUAACGAAAUAUUUGAAGGAGUCAAAAUGAGACAACAAUCUUCCGGAUCUUCAUCUAAUCAUCAACAUAAAGCCAAAGAUGCAAUUCUUAGUGCAGAGGCAGAAGAAGAUCUCAAAUGGAUUGAAGAAAACAUUCCCUCUUCUCUCGUUGAUGCGGCUUUACCGGCGCUCAUUGAUUCAGAUGAAGAAAUAAUGUCAACUAAAUUUGAAAGGAGUAAAAUGGAAUGAGCUUACAAUUUAAAUCUACUAAUUAUCAACAAAUACACAGAGUUUGCGAAUCAAAACUUGACGAUUAAUGAAUUUCAUCUUGAUGAUUAUUAACUUUUCUGAUUCCGUCUCUAUCAACCAUUUGAUUAAUUAAUUUUCAAUCAUUUAUCCUCCUUCUCAUCACCUUCAAUUAUAUACAUAGAAAUACAUUGUAAUUAAUCACAGAGAGAUAAUUGUUUUCUCUGUAAAAAAAACACAACAACAUCAACGACAAUUAAAAAUCCAGUAUCUCUCAUUACACACAAAUCAAUAUCGUAAUCAACUGGAUUAGAUUGAAACAACAAUCAAUCUAAUAGUAUUUAUCCUCUUCUCUCUCUAUAAUUUGUAUCUGACUGUGAUAUAUUUUCUCAGCCUAUUAAUAACAAUUAACGAUUUUAUAACAAUUAAAACGAGUUAUUAUAAAACAAAA